UAAUUUGGAAAAAUCCGCAAUAGCAUUUCCUACUCGCACCCGAGAAUCAACGUUCUAGGAAUACGCCAUGAGUGAGAAACAGACAGUUGGAAAAGAAGCAAGUGAUGCAUACACGGGCAUAGCUUCUGCCGUGGAAGAUGCCGCUGAUCAAGGAUAUAAAGCGAUAAAAUCUUCUCUGUCUAAGAGUAUGGAGGCUGUCGAAGUAGCUCAGACGGAGGUUAAAAGUUGGUGGUCUACUUACAAGGAACCCUUGGUGUCUGGUUUUAUUUUGACAGUUAUUAUAUCUGGACUGUUGUACUGGAGGUAUACUACAGACAAGAAGGGACGGUUCCAGGAGGAAGAUUCUGAAGACGACGAGGAUGAAAGUGAUGAAGAAGAUAUCUGGGAGGACAAGCAUGUCGCACCAUUGUCUAAGAAGUCUAAGAAGUGAACAAGAAAAAAAUUUCAGAUUCGGCAGAAAUGAAAAAAACUUAGCAACUUUUUAUUCGUAAUAAAUUCGAUACAUAAUUUUCUUAA